AUGGAGACUAAAGCACCAUCAACCAAAAAGGAAUUGCAAUCAUUAUUAGGAAAGAUAAACUUCCUAAGAAGAUUCAUCUCGAAUUUAAGUGGUCGAACUCAAGCCUUCUUUCCCCUUCUGCGCCUGAAACAAGGCAAGUUCGAAUGGAAUGACGAACACCAAGAGGCAUUCAACAAGAUCAAACAUUAUCUGAAGAAUCCUCCUAUCUUGGCACCACCAUGUGGAAAGAAGCCUAUGAGAAUGUAUAUAUCAGCUUCCGACACUACCAUAGGUAGCAUGUUGGCGCAAGAGAAUGAAGAUGGCGUCGAAAGAGCCAUUUAUUACCUUAGUAGGAUUUUAAAUGAUGCAGAAACUAGAUACAAUUCAAUAGAAAAGUUGGGUCAUUGUUUGCAUUUCUCUUGUACUAAAUUCAAGUAUUAUAUAAAACCUGUUGAUUUAUACGUCUCUUCUCAUUUUGAUGUCAUCAAGUAUAUGUUAUCUAAGCCAAUAAUGCACAGUCGAAUUGGCAAAUGGGCGUUAGCGCUCAUUGAAUAUUCUCUAACCUUUAUGCCUUUAAAGGCAAUGAAGGGACAAAUAGUAUCAGAUUUUAUUAUAGACCAUGCACUGGUCGAAAAUCCUCAAUUUCAAGUUGAGUUGAAACCUUGGAAGUUAUUCUUCGACGGUUCCACUCAUAAGAAUGUGAGUGGGGUUAGAGUAAUGUUAAUUUCUCCUGACAGAAUUCCAACAAAACUCAAAUAUAGAAUUGAGGGUCCCCUUUGUUCCAACAACAAAGCAGAAUAUGAAGCUCUUAUUGCAGGACUUGAGGCUUUAUUGGAAUUGGGGGCAACUAGGGUCGAAAUUAAAGGAGAUUCAGAAUUAGUAAUCAAGCAACUGACGAAGGAGUACAAAUGUAUAAAAGAAAAUUUGAUUAUGUACUUCGUCAUUACAAAUAGGUUACUCAAAAAAUUCGAAUACGUCGACAUAAAACAUGUCCCUAGAAUAAAAAACCAAGAGGCUAAUGACUUAGCACAAAUAGCCUCAGGGUACAAAAUUUCAAAAGAGAAGCUAGAAGAACUUGUCGAAGUAAGAGGAAAGGAAAUGGUUGCCAGAUUAUCUCCGACAGAUUUAGAAAGCACCCAAUUAGGAUAUGCUAACAAAGAGGAGUUUGAAGUAUUGGCCAUUGAUACCUUGAUAGAUACAGAUUGGAGGAAUCCAAUUAUUAAUUAUCUCAAGGACCCUUCGACAGACACAUAA